CACUGCAGCCUAAUUCAAUUAAAAUUAAAACGCAGAUCUACGCGACGGAGUGAAAUUGCCCCAAAUUCCCGACAAUUAUAGGCCACGCUCGUCAGUAAUCCCGCAGCUGCGUAGAAUCUCGGAAUAGAAUAUCAGAAUUUUGGUCAUGCAAUCGGAAGCAAUUCCCCUGGGAGCUGCUGGCACGGAAUCCCUACCCAUGCACCGAUCUACAUCUAUGCCCGUGAAACCCAAGCCUCUGGAGCAGAAGCCCCUGUUGCGAUCCUCCGAAAAGGAGACGGUCAAUGCGGCGGACUACUAUCCAGAAAGUCCAGGUUUCGUGCGGCGCAGAAAGUCGAAAGCCACCGGGGAACAGCUGGAAACACGCAGCGAACAGAACUUCCCAUAUACACACGACUGGGCCGGCAGUACAAUAGAGCUAACACCAGAUGUUGGCUCCGGCCAAGGAACCUCCUCCUCGGAUGGACUGAGACGCAGCCUACACCGGGUAAUGGAGAAGAACGGCAAGGAGAACGUGGUGUUCCGGCGAAUCCCAGAGAAGUCCUGGCGCUAUAUGCGGGAUCUAGUCACCACACUGAUGGAACUGGAGUGGAAAUAUAUGCUGACUUUGUUCUUUGGAAGUUACUUCUUCAGCUGGCUGCUCUUCGCCGCCCUCUGCUACGUGGUGGCCUACUCCCACGGAGACUUCAUCUUUGAUCCUGUGACUGGAGCACGGAUGGGCGAGGGCGAGGAUCCUUGCAUUUACGGAGUGGGUAACUGGGUGGCCAUGAUCAUAUACUCGGUGGAAACGCAGACAACUCUUGGAUUCGGCGAAAAGUACGCCAGUGAAGAGUGUCCGGAGACGAUAUUCCUGUUCGUCAUGCAGAUGAUGAGUGCGGCCUUAAUUGAGGGCAUAAUGAUCAGCGUGAUCUAUGCCAAAACGGCUCGUCCGGCCCGUCAGCUUACCAAGCUCAAGUUCAGCGAUAAGGCGGUGAUCUGUUAUCGCGACGGACGUCUGUGUUUGCUCUUCCGCGUGUGCGAUCCCCGCGAGCAGCAGUCCAUUGAGUCCAAAAUACGCGUCUACAUUAUCGUGGACAAACGCACGCGCGAGGGUGAGAUUAUAAAAACUCACGUGGAGCUGAAGCUGGAGGGAAAUGGAGAACAGAUAAUUCUGUGGCCCGAUGUGGUGUGUCAUGUCAUCGAUGAGACAAGCCCGCUGUACCAGUUCACCACGGCGAAACUCUUCAAUGCUGCCCAAUUCGAGCUGUAUGUGUCCAUUGUUGGAACUUCCCCUGCCACCGCACAAAUGACGGAGGCCAAGACUUCCUAUCUUCCAAGGGAGAUUUUCUGGGGCCAGAGGUUCGUCAAUAUUAUCCAUUACGAUGCACAAAACGAAUGCUACAUCGUGGACUACGAGAAUUUCAACAGGACCAUUUCGGUGGACAUGCCCAUGAAGCUGUCGACCAAUGAUCAGUUAAAGCUGGAGUACAGAAAAUGA